AUGGAUUAUAACCACAAUACCGCAUAUGAGCCUUUCGCUCGCACCGCUUAUGCCGUCGAGGAACCACAAGAUGGCCCUCUAGAGCUUAACACCGACGAACAGCAACUUAUUAAGAAACAAAAUACACGCCGGCGCAAAGUGCAAGCUCCGUCCAGCUACUCCAGCGCCUUCGCCCGUGGUAUUUCGCUCCUCAUUGCUACUACCGUGGCAGCGGUCCAAUCCGGAGCUCUCUCUGUGUGGUUCAGAACACGGAACGACGCCAUGACUAAUCCCCAGGGCAAGUUCAAGCCUAAGGCGUGGCCAGCUGUUCUUGACGUUAAGCCAACUCAUACCAUACUCUGUGUCGCCCUCAUUACUAUUGUCUUUCAACUGUUCGCAAUACUAACUCAUGUCGGCCCCUUCCGAGGUCUUCGUCAGGCUCGGUGGCACUCUAUUGCGACUUACUUUUCUUCCAGUGUCCUGAUUGUAGCCUGGAUUGGUGGAUUGGUCUACUUCAAACUGGCUGAUACGUUGGCGGCGAAGAAGAGCAUUUGGGACAUCUGGUCCUGGAGCUGCAAGCGCAAGUCGGCCAAGAACCCUGAUAUUCCUUGGGCCACGAUGUGCACCACCAACACGUACACCUUCUAUGUCGCCAUUGCUGUGGUAAUUUUGGAGAUUGGCAGCUUGAUAUACUUCAUCAUCAAGCAGCGUCAUGCUAAAGCUUGGAACAGCAAAGCCAGCUACCCUUACGCUAAUAUUACUAAGGCAUCCGUUACUCGCUAA